GUUUCUUAUUGGCUACUCGGUUCGGUCAGGGCUCGGCCAGAGUGGCAGUCACACUCCCGUCCUUUUGUGAAUCUUUCGCCGUAAACACAACUCCUGUUGCUGCUUUGCCAAUGCCGAGUUCAACAAUCGUCCCUGUUAACUAUUAACCAGUUUCAAUGUCGCUCGCCUCCAGGUCCCACGGUGGCCUGCCACUCGCGCACUUCCGGACCGAGCAGACCCUCGCCGCGCCGAAUGUGACCUUCAACACGGGCUCGUGGUUGCCCGCCGAGGACGAGCGGCUGCGCAAGGCCGUGUCCGAGGUCGGCACGCGCUGGGUCGCCGUGGCCUCCGUCGUCGCCACCCGCAACGCCGAGCAGUGCGCCAAACGGUGGAACGACAAUCUCAACCCCGAACUUGACCACAGCCCCUGGUCGGCCGGCGAGGACACGCUGCUCCUGACCCUCGUCGCCGCCAACGGCCACAACUGGAAGCUCAUGUCCAAGGACUUUCUCCCUGCGCGUGCGCCGCUCGCCAUAAAGAACCGCCACUCGCUGCUGGUGCGCCGCCAGAAGCGCAACGUCAAGCACUCGCAGCAGCAACGUCGCAGCCCCCUGCCUGCUCUGCCCUCGCCCAUGCCCACGCCGCCAUCGAAGAGCAACCCCCCUUGCUGCGGCCUGCAAGUCACUGGCGUCAGCACGCCAUCAGUGAUAGAAAACGUCAAACCCAACGGUGCCAUGUCCGCGACUGUUGCUGGCAGUGCCGAGCCAGCCACGACCGCCGCCAAUACACCGCCAGCAGCAAAUGGGCCCCUGGUCAAAAGCCCAGAGUUCACCUUUGACCUGUCCGAGUUCCUUUCCGUGGACGAUAUCAAUAUGGACGUCAGCAGCAACACGGCGUGGAACACACAGCAGCAGCAGCAGCAGCAGCAGCAGCAGCAGCAGCAGCAGCAGCAGCAGCAACGCCAGGAAGGCAUCGAUCUCAUCAACACCCUCUUUGGCAGCAGCGUCGCCGUCAAUAGCCUCCCCACGCCGCCCGAGUCCAUCAGCAGCGCCCAGAUCCAGCAGCAGCACGCUGAGUCUGCGCCUGACAACCCGAUCAGCGAACGCGACGGGUUGGAGAUGUCGGUGACGUGCUCGCGGUCGCGGCUCAAGGCCAUGGUCUGCCACAUCUUCGAGGGCGUGCUGGCGGAGACGGCCGGCCUGUCCGAGGACGAGCCGCUAACUGUGUCGCUGCGGCUCAUGAAGUAAUGGGAAAGAGAAGAGAGAAUGGCUGGGGCGUAAUAGUUAAGGAAUUUGGAGCUCAGUCCUUUUGAGCGAGAAAUUACUGGUUGAACAACCUUUGGGUUGCUGGUAUCGACUUUAUAUUUCUAGUAUAUAUUUCGCUUACCUGGACAAGGGUUAGAGGGCCAGGGCAUCUGUCAAAUGAUCCUCCUUGAUAGUCUGGCAAUCAAACUUGUAGGAUCGACUCCUCUUUUGCAGCAGCCCACUAGAAAGCGUAAGUAAUUUGCACAACUGUCCCAAGCGCGGUC